CUAAUGCUGCUAUAGUAACCAUCAUGGUUUUUCUAGCCAAUAUGGGACUGCCAACGAACGAAAUCUCCAUCAUUUUUGCCAUGGAUUGGUUUCUCGGGCGAAUGAGGACUAUCACUAAUGUGAAUGGAGACUGUAUGGGCGCCGCUAUUCUCCAGCACUUCUUCCACCAGGAUGGCAGCAAUGGUUCGGGAUAUGAUAAUAACCCACUACCACAGGACGAGAUAGAGAUGGAGGAAGCUCUGUCACUUUAAUUG